UGUACAGUCAGCUGGAGUCAGUGGUAGUAACCAGUUCCUACCAUGUGCUGCGGUGAUACAAGUCGUGCAGGGCUCUUCUGCUUAAAACUUGUUCUAGCAAUAAUAAAUGUCCUCCUAGGGGUGUACAGUUUACUACUGGUUGGUACAUGGGUCUGGUCUGCUAUAUGGCUGGAGCUGUACAUGUCCUUGGGGGAGGAGGUGAGUGUUCUUGUUCCAUCUCUUCUUCUCUCCUUAUCCCUCUCCACCCUUCUUCUCUCUUCUGUUCUCUGCUGCUGUCUACCCAGACAAACUAAACCUAUCCUUCUUUACUCGUAUUCAGUCCUGAUCAGUCUGGUUUAUCUGGUUCAACUUGUAUCUGUUAUUCUUCUCUACGUGUUCAGGAGAAAGUUUAGUGAAUCCCUGGCUGAGGGUAUAUCUACGUCUAUGUCUGCUUAUGGAAAAAUACCAGAUCGAACUCAGGCAGUUGAUCUGUUACAGUCUAGAGUAGGUUGCUGUGGAAGCUAUGAACCCAAGGACUGGACUCAAACCCAUUGGGGUAAAGGACAUCAGGAUAAACUGCCCCACAGCUGCUGCCGCCACACUGACAAAGGGAUCUGUAAACUGGAUUCGGCAGAGGCGGACGUUUUCCCGAGUGGUUGUCAUGAGCUGAUGUGGGGGACAGUAGCAAACAAUCCAGCAAACUUAGUAUCUGGUAUUCUAAUGGUGUCCCUACUACAUCUCUCAUCUAUCUGCCUCUCUAUCUGUCUCGCUCGCCUUGGAACCAGGGACUACACGGCGCUUAAAUAGGGACGGCAGGGGCGGAAAGACAGGAUUGAUGUAGGACGGAGUUCUACUACUGGAGAACUAGAACUAAAACCUUG